AUGUGUAUGACUGAAGACCCAAUAUCACCACCACCGAAGCUGUCACCGCCCUUCAACAAUGGACAGCAAAGCAAUACCUCAGGGGCCAUCCAGUACGGUGUUCCAACAACUGAAUGUGUAUUCACAUCUGCCUCAGUCAAUUUUGUAGCAACCCCGAAAUCGGCAAGUUUCACAAGGGUCUUAAGCAUCAAGCAAGAACAACAGGCUAACAAUAGCAUCAGCAAGAAAAUCAUCAACCUAAUUUCCCAAGAAGACAAUCCUCUCCUUGAGCAACAAACCCAUAGCGUCAGUCUCGGCCCCACGCAUCGCAGUGGCUGGAGUCUAUGGGGACGAGGCAGAGAGGUGGAGUCAGAGAGAGCCCCGAGCACUUGA